AUGGCAACGGCUAGGCACGGAUGUAUGCGCUAUGCUUUGUUGUACGGGAGCUUGCGGGCCCCUGUCCUCGUAGCCGCACUUCUGGUGCUCUUCUACCGAUCCACCGGCUUUGUUCAAUCCCAGCUGCCGCUCCAGUCGACAAUGUCCGGUCGGCACUUGCGCCAGAUUCGGCUUCGAGAGGAGGUGGCCGCCGGAACUGUCGUGAUUCCGGAUCUUCUUCGCUUUCUCGAACUCAGCGACACACCCGUCGAGUCUUCAUCUCUGGCCGGCGGCAAUGCUGCGGCGUCCAGUUCGUCUCUCGCAAAGAAUGCCGGCGCUGAGGCCGGACACGAGACCGGCGAAACGAGAACAGAGAGCAAAAGUAGUCAAGACGACCAAAUUCUGUUGGCCAUCGGCAAUGCAGCCAUGCCGGGCGUUAGCAAUUUCGGCAUUGACUUGGCCCAACGAAGUCUGGUGGUCGUCUCACCGCCAGACAGAGACAAACUUUGCCCCUCCUCUACCAGCCCACCGGAGCACCAAUUGUUGAUGGCUCGUUCGAACAGCUUUCAGAACAAUGGAGCCUCACGUGUCGAUCUGUUCAACAGUCCAGGCUCUGCUUUUCCUCACGACCUGGCGGGACUCGGACUUAAAGACCGCAUGUCGGCCUACAUCGCCGAUUGUCCCGUCUCCCUCUCCAUCAUCCACGGACUUCGCUCCGACCCCUCGUUCAGCCUCAUCAUCGUGCUCCUCGAAGACAUCAACGAUCAUGCUCCCAGCUUUGCCGAUCACCUGUUUUCGGCGAACCGAUCGCGUUCAGCAAAUCUGAAAACCGGACAAGACGAGUUUGUGAUUCACGUUAAAGAGUCGAGCCGACGACCGGUUCGAGUCUCGCUUCCCCUCGCCAGGGAUGCCGACUCUCCGCAAAACAGCGUUCAAUCCUACCAUCUCGAUGGUGAUGACGCCUACCUGUUUCGUCUGUGGGUCGGACCCGGGGGCCCGGCCGAAGAGGGCGGCUCUUCUGGCACCGGCCAGGCUGACAAUGACUCAUUCUCAAUUGGGCGCGGAGGGGGUCAAUCGGGCGAAGCGAAGGAGCCCAAUCAACUGUGGCUGGGUCUGGCCACUCCUGACCUCCUCUUUACUGGUCAGCUGGGAUUCGGACACUUUGACCGAGAACAACGAGCCGAAUACCGACUGGUGCUGGUGGCCCAAGAUGGCGGAGUACCGUCGCGAAGCGGUCGUCUGCCCGUGCACAUUUACGUCGACGACAUCAACGACCAUCUGCCCCAGUUCGGACAGACAAUCUACCAUGCCCGAGUGGCCGAAAACGAUCCACCGGGUCAUUUGGUCCUCCGAUUCACGGCAGCCGACGCUGACGCGACCGGUCCCAACAAUCGCAUCACCUUCAAUAUUCCCGGUCUGCUGGGCUCGAGUUCCGAGUCCUGGCCGGCCGACCAACAGGUCGAGUCGCGAAGACGACGCGUCUUCUCACAAGCUCAACUGGCCGCCGCAGAACUCUUCUCCGUUGAAGUGGACAAUUCACCCGAGUCCGGACGCGUUGACUUUCCAGAAAUGGCAGUCAUCGGACUCGAGUCCAGCCCACGAGCUGGCCUCACGGAGCCCGCCGUCACGCAUGGACGCCUCGUUGUCCGGCGCCACGGCGAUGCCGAGCGUUGGAGGACGGCUGCCGCGAAAGCAAUUCUUGCCGCCAGACGCCAAUUGUUCGUGGAACCGGAAGCUGGACAUUUGCCGUCCAGCUCGUCGGCAUUUGGGCAAUUGGAGUUCCGCAUCGAAGCCGUCGAUCAGGGCGUCCCUCAACUCACC